AUGCUGGGUCAAUACCUUCUUCUGCCUCUUCUGGCAUCGUAUGGUGCAGCAGUCACCAUUUCAGUAGCGAAGUCUGGUGGCAAUGCUACAAGCGGCCUGCAAUAUGGUGCUAUGGAAGAGGAAAUUAAUCACUGUGGAGAAGGAGGGCUUUACGCCGAAUUAAUUCGCAACCGGGCUUUCCAAGGGAGUCACAAGUUUCCUUCUUCACUUGAUGCCUGGACUGCUGUUGGGGGCUCUUCGCUGUCUCUGAAGAACCUUACCGAUCCAUUGUCAACUGCCUUGCCAACUUCGGUCAAUGUCAAGGGCACUGGAACAGCUGGUUUGACCAACGCGGGCUUUUGGGGGAUUGACGUUCGCCCUCAGAAGUAUACCGGGUCAUUCUACGUGAAGGGCUCGUAUAAGGGCUCUUUCACUGCUGCCCUUCAAUCCGCCAGUGGCAAGGUUCUAGCGAGCACCAAGGUGACCUCGAAGAGUGUUGCAAACGAAUGGGUGCAGCAUUCCUUCACUCUGACUCCAUCGAAGAAGGCUUCAAGCUCAAACAACACUUUCUCGCUGACAUUUGAUGGUUCGAAAGCAUCAAGCGGCUCCCUUGAUUUCAAUCUGAUCAGUUUAUUCCCACCCACAUGGAACGACCGUCCCAAUGGCAUGCGGAAAGAGUUGAUGCAAGCCAUGGCUGAUCUAGGUCCCAAAUUCCUUCGUUUCCCGGGAGGUAACAACCUGGAGGGUGACACCAUCGAUGGCCGCUGGAAGUGGAAUGAGACUAUUGGACCCCUCAAGGACAGACCUGGCCGUGCAACCACCUGGCAGUACGGUGAAACCGGCGGAAUGGGCCUGGUUGAGUAUAUGGAAUGGUGUGAUGACCUUGGAAUGGAGCCCAUCCUUGCGGUUUGGGGUGGGCUUGCCCUGAACGGUGAUCUCGUCCCCGAGGCCGACCUCGAUUUCUACGUGCAAGAUGCACUUAACGAGAUCGAGUUCUUGACUGGCUCUGUGGAUACUAAGUACGGUGCUCUGCGCGCUAAGAUUGGACACCCUGAUCCUUGGACGAUCCGGUAUGUCGAGGUUGGUAACGAGGAUAACCUCAACAAUGGCUUGAGCUCGUACAAGUCAUACCGGUUCCCAGCAUUCUAUAAGGCUAUUACCGAGAAGUAUCCUGAGAUUCAGGUUCUUGCUUCCACUAUUGAUAUGACUAUUCCUGGAACUGCGGGUGGUGAUUACCACUUGUAUGAUAUCCCCGAUAACUUUAUUACCAAGUUCGAUAUGUUUGAUAGUCACAGUCCUGAGCAUCCUAUCCUUCUUGGUGAGAUUGCUGCCACCGAGCCUAACAACGGCGUCGGCAUCGACUGGGGUAACACCCACUUCUCUCUGUAUCCCUGGUGGAUUGGCACGGUUGCCGAAGCAGUCUUCCUCCUGGGCGCUGAGCGUAACGCAGACAAGGUCAUUGGAACUACAUACGCACCCUUCUUGAUGAACUUGGAUAGCUACCAGUGGUCCCCAACAAUCCUCUCGUUCAACUCCAACCCCGACGAGACAGCCCGUUCAACCAGUUUCCAUGUGUAUAGCCUAUUCAACCACAACACCAUGACAAACACCCUCCCAGCAACAUCUCCCGACGCCUUCGGUCCUCUAUACUAUGCAACCGGUCUUAAUAACAAGACAAACUCGCACAUCUUUAAGGCAGCCGUGUACAACAGCACCGCCAACGUUCCCGUAUCCCUGACUUUCGACGGUAUCGGCCGGGGUACUAACGCCGACCUGACCAUCUUGACUGCGCCCGACGCCUUUUCCAUGAACGAGGUUGGUGGCUCAAACAUUGUUAAGAGCAAGACUACUACCAUUAAGGCUGGCAAGAAGGGCGAGUUUAGUUUCAGCUUGCCUAAUUUGAGUGUUGCGGUUCUUAGCACUAAGUAG